AUCACGACAUUACGACAUGAUACCAAUCAGCCACCAUACUCGCCAAUUCUAUAGCCUAACUAUAGACAAUAUAUAGAAGAGUUUAUCGUCGUAAUUACAUAUCCUAUAAUUUCGAAGACAUGCUUUUUCUCUAUAAUUAUGAACCGAUUUUCUUCAGAAAAGCCGUGUCUUUACCUACAAAGCAUUAUCACUCUCAUCAAGAAAAUAAAUGUAAUCAAUAUUGAAUCGUGACACUAAACAACGAGCUUAUUAUCAUCCCAUAAUAUGGUUAGCGCGUGUGCGUUGUAUUAUUAGGUCUGUCAUUGAGUCAACUGGCGUGGUUUCGAUUCCCCGGUUGUACGUGACAAGGAGUAGGGUCGCCUGUCCAACCUACGCGCUAGCGAAUUAUUGAAAUAAAAUGGAAUCAUAAAUAUGUUAGCCCCGAAAUGACCUAGUUUGUGUCGAAUUAUGAUUUUUCCGGUAUAUAUUAUAGGGGUUUUCGAUCAAAAGGAGAGUUGAAGAAGUAAACAUAAAAAAUUUACUUACAAAUUGAUUUAAUAGUUAUUUAGAUAAGUGUUAACAAUAUAAAAAAUUGUAUUUUAAAAUUUCUUCAAUCAUAUAAAAUCAACCGAAACCAAGCACUGAACAAAGCAAUUACAGUGUGCAUUGGGGGGGGGGGCGUCACUGAAACCUUUUGCCACGGGGCGCCACAUAGGCUUGUGAGGGCCCUGGGUAAACCUCAGUUUAUCGUCCCAUCAGUAAUUCUAGGCAUAGCUUUGUCAGCGCCACAGGGGGUCACGGUGACUAAGUAGGUAAAUUUCAUUUCAUUUCAUUUGUCAGCGCCACAGACACCAUCAACGAAUAGACAACGAUGGCAGUAAAUGAAUAACGAACCGCUAAAUUAAGAACACAAGCGAGGUUAGGUGUAAGUUGUUUGAAGUUGAACUUUUAAUAAAUGUUUAUAAGCUGAUAUUGAAUUAGACACGCAUGUGCAUGUGUUAAAGGCGGGGAGGAUGGCUGAGUGGUUUUAUGCGUGAUCAUCGAUUUCCUCCCACGGCUAACACCACUAUGUUCAAGCGAAUUAUUGAAAUCGAAUAGAGAGAGAGAGAGAGAGAAAUGGGGUUUAACGUCCACUCGACACAAACUAGGUCAUUUCGGGACUAACAUAUGGUUUAAUUUUAUUUUCAUGGGGGUCUUUAGCAGUGGGAGGAAACCGGAGGCCCCGGAGAAAACCCACGAGGUUGGACAGGCGACCCUACUCCUUGCCACGUACAACCGGGGAUUCGAAACCACGCCAGUCGACUCAAUGGCAGAUUUUAUGAUACAGCGUGCGCACGCUAACCAUUCAGCCAUCCAACCCCCCUGAAAUCGAAUAUCUCCAAAAUGAUCUAGUUUGUGCUGUUUGGGUUCUCCUUGUCAGUGAUGCAGUACGGAGGGCCUGGCAAUAUACAGCAUUCUAGUCGUUCGGAUGGGACGAAAAAUAGCGGUCCCAUGACAUUCUGGAGUCCACGAAAAAGAAGCCCUGAAAGUUUGAAAUGCAACUGUUUCCCGGUCAAUAUUUCACACGUAACACACUGCAUCAUGGCGUAUAUCGAGUCGGAGCAAACAAGUAAGAUGUUAGUUAAACCCAUUUCAUUAAUGUUGGAUUUUUGUGCGCACAGGACCGUAACUUCCAGGGUUAUGGCCACGGCCUCUUAAGCAAAAUGUGUAACAAAGUGUAUGUGCGUGAGGGGUGGGGGCGGUGGUAUGCGAGCAUGAUGUAAUAUUAUAAGAUUUAUUUUAGCUUUAAGAAAGGUGUUCUGUUUAAUAUAGAAAUUCGUUACCUACAUGAUGUGUGACGAAAAUUAGGGUAAUGAAGUAGCUUGCAUUAUUCUACUUCUAUCUUAGACUAACUCACCGACAGUUAUGUCAGUAUCCAUUGCUGGAAGUAGGGUACUAUAGUCCAGUUAUCUCCUGCACAGAUUAGCACAAUUAACUAGUGUUGAUGUAAAACGGCGCCUAUACGAAACACUUACCCAAAAGGAUAAUUGCCCCGCCCUAAUAGAUGACGCAUUAUAAUAUCUAUAUAGGAGAGAUAUGGUUUGAUUUACCUUCAGAUAUCAUAGAGCGGCUCGAGAGGGGACCAUCGUAGUCUCCUCGGCUUAGAGGCCAGGGUGAACACAUCAUCCUAGCACGAACCUUAUGUAGAACUAGCAAGAAGUAUGUGACUCUUGCCACGUUUAGACCGUUAGGUCUGAGUCAGAAAGGAUAUUAAACUCAGACCGUGGAUAAUUUAAUAACUCGAAAAGUACUAUCAUAACUUUGUAGUUUGCUGUAUUUGUUUAAUUAUAUAAAUUUAGUAACAACAUAAACGGUGUUCCAGAGUCAGUUAAUUGAUGAUUGAAAUAAUUGAUCCCACAACGUGAAGUCGAAGAAAGUCAUAGACGAUAAUGUCACAACUACCCCAAAGUGUCACACAUCUGUACCCCGUAGUGCCACAAUGAAACCUGCCGAUUUCCAUCGUUCUCUGUUUAGUUGGUCCGUCCGUCCGUUAGGGACAAAAAUAUCGGCAAUCAGCUUACCGCGACCUUUCGUUUUGUCAUGCUUAUAGUUUCUUUCCAUCAACGUGUCACUUUAAUUGUAUAGUUUCCUUUUGUUCCUUUAAAACGUCAAUGUGUAGCUGUUAACCGAUCAAUAUCUCCUGACGAAUUUACGUGUAGAUCAAACCUGUAACACUCGAACAGAGCUGAAAUUUGGUAGGCAUAAUCACGACGGAGGCUUUGUUGAUAUUCAGAGGAUUACAAUGUGUCAAAAGACUGAUAUGGCGAAAACAGACAACACCGUACAAUCAUAUACCCAGAUUUAAGGAAACUAAACAAAAGCGUGUAAUUGUAUUGUAUGGCCAGUAGACAAGCGACAUGUAUGAAAGUGUCUAUAUAUUUCUACUGCUGUUAUUAUGGAGUUGUUAUUUAAGAACAAUAGCCGAUGAAAGAGAGUUGUUUUGUUAUAACCAAGAUGGAGAACGUGUCUGUGGUGGAGAUGAGUUUUUACAUUUAACCAGAAUUGACGGCAAGGAGGUUGGGACUGUACACAAACUAUAUGUAGAUGGUAGAAACCUUGAGAUGACAACUCUUAGUUUACAACCGUUAAUACUGGAAAUUCCAAAUAUGUUAACUGACGAAGAAUGUGAUCAUUUUAUAUCUGUUGCUAAGCAAGAAGGAUUGAAAGAUAGUAGUACUGGAAAGAAUGGUGGUGACAAUACAUUUAAUAUCUUGGAUUUAGAUGAUAACAAACAACUUAAUAUAUUAGAGAUGCGGAUAACAAUAGAAAAUGCCUUUGAUGUCUACCUUACUGAUGAAGAUAUCUUACAGAUGUACAUUCAUACAGGAAUUGAUAAGAAUGGUGAUGGUAAUAUUACACAAGAAGAGUUGGGACGACUUAGACCAGCAGAAAUGGAGAGAUACAUCAAAAAGUUUGCCCAUUUUCAACCGGAAAAACAAUCUCGAUAUAGUCAACAGGCUUGGUUGUAUCCGGACAAAUCGGUUGAUAAAACAUUUAGUCAGGUUCAAGAAAGAGUAUCGGAAGUAAUCAAUUUACCUAUAGAUGUUGUUAGACUAAGUAAUUUUCAGAUUGUUAAAUAUGGAGUUAAAGGUCAUUAUAACGCACAUCAUGAUUCGUCCCGUGUUGAUGAUAGUAUACCCUGUUGUGAAAGAUUUGAUACACGACAAUGUAGGGUCUGCAGGUAUAUGACAAUAUUAUUUUAUUUAAAUGACGUAGAAGAGGGGGGAGCAACCGCUUUUGUUUUAUCAGAAAACGAUACUUUCGCAACAAAUCAAGUUGAAUUUUCAGAACAAGUCAAUUUAUACAGAAAAUGUUCGGACGCCAAAAUACGCGUUAAACCGUCAAAAGGAAAGGCCAUAAUGUGGUAUAAUCAUUUUAUAGAUCAUAAAACAAAAUGGAUGGGACCGAUGGACUUGCAAACAUUACACGGUGGUUGCCCGGUGAUAAAAGGUGAAAAAUGGAUUGCAAAUUUUUGGUUGAGACCGACUGACGAUCGGAAACAUGACAUCGAAAGAAUAAAAAUAAUGCGGUAUAAGAUGCCCAGGAAACCAAAAACAGAGUUAUAAUUUGUUGUUAUGCAGAUUUCGUUGGUUUUCACUUUAAGAUCUCAAAUUUUAUAUUUUAUGGUGUUCGUGGUGUGUGAUCAGUUACAGCAUCCAAUUCAUAUUUAUACCAUGGGAUCAGCUACAGUAUCCAGUACAUGUUUAUGAAUUAAUACCGUGGGAUGAGCUACAGUGUGUGAAAUAGCUUUAUUUAAAGGGCAAUUUAGCAGUUAACUAUCACAACAAAUGAAACCGAAGAACCCAUGAAGCAAUUAAUAUAUGUAGACAUGAACCAAAACUAAACAGGGACCCAGGAAUUUACAUUCAAAGAGCGUAUGAUUGCAUCAUUAAAAUGUAGUUUACAUGGUCUCAAAACAAUUCAUAAAGUAUUACCCUUUAAUUUUUUUUAUUGUUUUUAAUUUUGUAUAUUUCCUUAAAUUAUUUACAAAUUUACUUUUACUGCAUCUUGUUUUUACUGUCAGGAUUAACUGCUUAUGGCUUCAGUUCACCUCUAUAAUACCUGCCCUUUCAUCUUUUAUUAUUACUUUCAUCUAUAACCAAUUACUGUAAUUGCUCGUGGCUUAUUAUACCUCAUAAAUAAUUGUUUGAUCUUUUAUUCCUGUACUUAUCUAUACCUAUUACAGUUUUAACCAUCUAUGUACAUUUGUUUAUUUAACGGCUUGGGACAGUUGCUCAAGCUUGCUGAUUUUGCACCCCAUUGGAGGGUACACACUGCUCUUGUAUAUAUAUAACCAUAUUAUUUUCAUUUUAUUUAUCCUUAGGUGGAAGUGGACGUAAAACCCCAGAAACGAACGAAUUUUAUUUAUUUUGUUUAAGGAACUUUUGAUAUCCGAGGACUUUUUUAUUUUGUGUUUUUAACAAUUUUCAAGUGUAAAUAAUUUAAUUAAAUCAACCUGUUUUUAACAAUUUUCUAGUGUAAAUAAUUUAAUUAAAUCAACCUGUCCAUAAUAUCAUAUUCAUUGUAUUGGACGUUAAAUCUGUAAUAAACAACAACAACAUUUUA